CUUAUAAUAACCCUGAUACGGUCAUGUACUUCAUAGGUGCCUUAACGAACCAAACAGCGGAGUGAGAUAGCGCGAUCAGAUAUUCCUGCUUGCUCUGUUGUGGCGACUCACAGCAUGUUUGGUGGCUGGGGAGAGCGAACAACGCAGGUGGCUAAUGGGCUGUUUUUCCGUUCCAGUGGAGCAUGACCGCGAGUUUCACCAUCAGCGCUGCCACUACCGCGAGUUCAGGUUUGAUCUCUCCAGAAUCCCGGAGGGGGAAGCGGUGACCGCUGCCGAGUUCAGGAUAUAUAAGGACUACAUCCGCGAGCGCUUUGAUAACGAGACGUUCCAGAUUAGCGUCUACCAGGUACUCCAGGAGCACCCGGGAAGGGAUUCAGAUUUGUUCCUGCUUGACUCUCGAACGAUCUGGGCUGCAGAAGAAGGCUGGCUCGUGUUUGAUAUUACUGCAACCAGUAAUCACUGGGUGGUGAAUCCACAGCACAACCUCGGCCUGCAGCUCUCCGUGGAAAGCAUAGAUGGACAAAGCAUCAAUCCCAAACUGGCCGGUCUCAUCGGGAGGCACGGCCCGCAGAACAAGCAGCCCUUCACGGUCGCGUUCUUCAAAGCCACGGAGGUUCAUCUCCGCAGCGUCCGCUCCACCGGCGGCAAGCAGCGGAGCCAGAAUCGAUCGAAAACGCCAAAGAACCAGGAAGCUUUCCGGGUCUCCAACAUGGCAGAGAACAGCAGCAGCGACCAGAGGCAAGCCUGCAAGAAGCACGAGCUCUACGUCAGCUUCAGGGACCUGGGGUGGCAGGACUGGAUCAUCGCUCCAGAAGGCUACGCUGCGUAUUACUGUGAAGGAGAAUGUGCUUUCCCGUUGAAUUCAUACAUGAAUGCUACAAAUCAUGCCAUUGUACAGACACUGGUUCACUUUAUAAACCCGGAGACUGUGCCGAAACCCUGCUGUGCUCCUACACAACUCAAUGCCAUCUCAGUGCUCUAUUUUGAUGACAGCUCCAAUGUUAUCUUAAAAAAAUACAGGAACAUGGUGGUACGAGCAUGUGGCUGUCAUUAGAUUUGCAGAAAAGGAAAAAAAAAGUUAUUUGUAAAGAAUGGUUUUUUUGUAUGGAUAGGUGGGGAAGGGGAAAAAAGGUUAGAACUCCAGCAGUGGACUUAAGAACUCCCAAGCAGUUUUUAGGACCCGGUUUCUGAAGGUUCAGACAAUGGAACAGUUUCUGGAUCUAAGUGGCAUCUGAACACAUUUUGUUUUAGUUUAUUAUAGACAAUGAGCUUGUAAACGGAAACAAGCCAGAGAAACCAUUCAAAACCAAAUCUGCCUUAAAAAUUGGCUCCUACAAUACAUGUGCAAACGAGUCUUACUGAAGAUUGCAAACUCAGUGCUCAUUGUGAAUUAGAAAUAAUAAUCUAUCCAAGGUGAGAAUGUGGUGUGACUAAUAAGCAUGUGUAGCUCCUGUACCACACUAUUUGCAAUAAAAUAAGUGAACAAAA